AUGGAGGAACGGCCGGCACAGACCAACGCCAUUGUGGACGACUCUGCGCCCCCCUCGGUGGCCCAGUUGGCUGGGCGGUUCAGGGAGCAGGCAGCCGCUGCAAAGGAGACACCAGCCAGUAAACCAACCAGAAGGAAACCGCCCUGCUCCCUCUCUCUGUUCCCCCCCAAGGUAGAGCUGGGCCAGAAUGGUGAGGAGAAGUCACUGCCCAGUGCAAACCACCCUCCUAAAGUCAAAGUGAAGAGCUCACCUCUGAUUGAGAAACUUCAGGCCAAUUUAGCCUUUGAUCCAGCAGCCCUGCUUCCUGGGGCCUCUCCCAAGAGUCCUGGAUUCAAGGCCAUGGUGUCACCAUUUCACAGCCCGCCUUCUACCCCCAGCAGCCCUGGAGUGCGGUCUCGGCCCAGCGAACCAGAGGAGGUGCCCGUCAGCUUUGACCAACCUCCUGAAGGCAGUCAUCUGCCCUGUUACAAUAAGGUGCGGACAAGGGGCUCCAUAAAAAGGCGCCCUCCUUCCCGGAGAUUCCGAAGGUCCCAGUCAGACUGUGGGGACGUGGGGGAGUUCAGGGCCGUGGAGCCUUCCCAGGAGAAUGGAGCCAAGGAAGAGAAUGGGGACGAAGUGUUCCCGGCCAAGAGCAAAGCCCCAGGAUCCCCUCCUCUGAGGAGGACGUCCCCCAGGACAGGGAAGCUGGAGGAGGAGAGCAGGGCGGCGGGGGAAGCCCGGGAGCCGGAGAAGAUCGUGGGCGGCUCCGAGGCGGGGGCUGGCCAGCACCCAGCCCGAGCCUCCAGCCCAGAGGUGGAGGAUGGGUGUGGGGGCCCCGCAGAGGAGAGACCGGCCGGAGAGCAGACAGAAGAGCCUGCAGAGGUGAAGGAGAGGGUGGCCAGUGAAGAGGAGGCACCUGGACAAAGCAGCCAAGACACAGAGGGCCUGGAGGAGGGAGCCGUAGAGGACGAGACCCCUCAACCCCCUCCUGGAGGAGGGGCGGGCGGCCACAGCCCAGAGCAGGGGACCAGCGAGGGAAAGCAAGAUGAGGGGGCCAGCCUCAAGCCAGGCUGCAGCCCCGACUCUGGCCACGCCCAGCCGGACACCAGCGGCGAGGUCCCCAGGACAGAGGAUAACACCCCUGUCCAGGACACUAAACUGUGA